AUGGCCGCCACUAGAGCUCGCACCGAACUCGCCGCCGCCGCCUCUGCCGCCGCCGCCUCCUCUCCUCCAACGCACAAUGCCAAAGAUGUAGUUGCCAGUCGCGAGGCGGCGCCGGUCGAUCCAGCUGCCAAUGACCAGACCCCCGCUCGCCGCGCCACUACUCGAACCCGGAAACUGCCCAGCCGCCUUCUUCCUUCACCUUCACCCCCACCCUCACGCCCCUCCUCCCUGUAUAACGCUGCAAAGCAUGCAAAAGGCGGAAAGGAUGGCACCGACAGCACUCCUGUAUCUCCAGUCGUACCCUUGUCCACUUCCUCAGCAGCAGUCAAGAUGCGCAAGUCAGCCAAGCCAGACGCAGACAGCACCGGCUCUGACCUCGACUCUACUGCCGACAAGGACGACGCCGAGGAUCUUGGACCUGGAAAGCGCAAGCGUCGUCCCAGCAGCAUGUACAAGCCGCCUUCCACCCUGACUACUGUCGAAACACCUUCUCCCGCGUCGACAUUGUCCAGCUCCAGGAGCAAGAGGAAGGGCCGCAGCAUCAGCCCUGAAGCUUCGACUCACAAGGGUCAAUACCCUAGCGUCGCUGUCGCACAGGCCAAGCUCAAAGGCCGCCUUUCCAAGGGCAGGCUGGAAGUUGGUACUCCCUUGUCCAAGAACAACGGUACUCAGGAUGGCUUGUUCAUCGAGUCCAACCUACCUCGAGCCAACGGCGACGACUCUGAUGCUGAACCAGAGGCGGCUGCUCGAAGCACGUCCAAGCGAGUGCGCAUUGGAGACGUCCAAGAACCUAUGGAUCUCUCGCCGCCGCCUCUGCUUCCGCGCGACGGUUCGGCCAGGAUUCAGAUGCCGAUGCACUACUCGCAGCCCACCUUCAUCCGCGGUGGCCGUGUCAGCGUGUCGCCAGAGGCAUCGGCAAAACGACCCGUCAAGUUUGGCACUCGAGUCGACGAACCCGACAUGGAACGCAGUCGCAUCGGCAGCAUCAUGCGUGCCAGCAAAGCGGACACUCGUAGCGCUUGGAAGCAUUCCGAUCUGAUGUCCUCGUCUCCCGUCUCGACUGCCCUAGCCAAAUUCGACAACGACAUCGGCGCGCCCUUGACCUACGUGCCCCUCCGCACCGGCACACGCGGCGCGGUCCCCUUUCGCAAUCUGCACACCAACCCCUUCGCCAACCCAGUAUUGGAUGAAGAGGUAGAAGACGACGAUGAGGACGAUGAGGACGACGACGAGAACGACUUCCACCAGGCCAUGCUCGACGCCGACUUUGACUUCUUCGACUCUCAAAAGUCGGAAGUGGGCGCAGCAAAGGUACUUUGGCCGGCCUCUCGCCGAGGCACCACCGAGGAAGCCGAGAUGGAUGACACGCCUGCCACCACACCUCGAAGCCCUCAAUCCGGAUGCGACCUCCCUUCACCCGGCAGCCCGCACUGCAAGGUGGAGGAAGAUUUGCUCAUGACUGGCGCUGAGGACAAGGCCACCCCUUACAUUGCUGGACGCGAUUCGGUCUUUGUGCACGCUCUGCCCACCACGCAGGUGGGUGCCGACAAGCCGCAUCAGCACGCCGGCUCGCUCACGCUCUCGCUGCCGUACGACCCAGCCGUUGCCGUGUCGUCGCCUCAGCUGCGUGCCAUGAACGUCGACUCUGACGCUGUCACCGCUGCCAAGGGCGUCAAGGAUGCCACCGCCAACGCCCAGAUGGACACUCCCAUUUUGCAGAGGCGAAAGCAUACCGGACUGCCAGCCGGCCCGCACGCGCUGUCGCCACUCAAGCUGGGCGCCGAUCUGAUGGAACGAAGCACGUCGACCGCGGCUCCGUACAUGCAACUCUCGCCCAUGAUUGAGAUGGAUUCGCCGCUCCUCAGCCCUGGUCUGACGCUCAGCCUACACACCAAGGGCACCGACUUACCCAGCCCCUUCAUCAUGGGUGUCGGCGCCUUGCCGGAUCUUGAGCAGCCCGUUCCGCUCGACCUGCCCCCUCCCGCCGAGGGCUCAACCACUCCCAAAGCGUCGAGCCCGGAGAUUGUCGUCGCUGACGUUUCUGUCACUGACUCGGUACAAUCAACCGUUGCUGUCGCCAAGCCCGACGUCGUGACAGAGACUCUCGCUUCAAAGCAGCCUGAAGUCAAGGUUGUCGAAGCAGCAAAGGAGGCUACCGUCUCCAAGACCGAUAAACCCUCGGCACGACGACCUGCGCUGCCCCCUCCUCGUCAGAUUCGGUUCACGACUUUUACGACGCCAUCGGUCGACUCGGCUGAGAUCAAGCCGCAGCAGUCCGAGGCAUCGAAGAAGAUUGUCGACCGCCUUCCUACUCAGCAACAGCAGAUAACGCAGCAUCAAGCCAGCGCUGGUGGUGAAUCCACUACAAGCCCCAAAUCCGAAAUCACUCCCGAGUUGGUUCACUCUGGUUCGGCCUCGCCCGACUCGGUCUCGGACUCGCCGAGCCCCUUGUCGCAGGCGGACAGCACUUCGACGGCCGAUGCCGAAGUUGAGAACAUCCUGUUUGGCCCUCCGGAGAAGCUCGAUCUGCACGAGCUGGACCAUGCCUGGGGUGGCUCGAAAGCUGCGCAGCAUGAAGCGGCCUUGCGUCGAGCUCAGGUGGCCCAGAUGCCCACGCUCGAUGUCGACACGCUGUGA